CACUCUGCAAAAACUUUAUAUCCGCUCCGCAAGAUCGAGUCAAAACUAUUUCGCUUGUCGCAGACGACUGGCGCACUGCUUAAACAUGAAGCUCCUGUGUCUUGCUGUGUUCGCCGGCGUAGCAUGCCUUGCCCUCGCCGGUGGAGCGCACGGAGGAGUCAUCGCAGGCGGGUUUGGGCAAAGUGCCGGAGGCUCCCAGGGUAGCCUCACGCAAGGAGCCGUAGGACACCACCAGGGCUCGUCAGGCUUCUCUGGAGGCACCUCGUCUAGUAAUGUUCAGGGCUACAACAACAAGGAGGGGUACAGCUCCAGUUCAGGCUUCUCUAAGACCGACUCGAAGAGCCACGGUAGCGGUUCUGGCCAGCAGUCGGGUGGCUUCGCGGGUGGCUCCGCGGGUCAAACGUCAGGCUUCGGAAGCCAGCACCACGGCCACGUUGGCGGACGCUAG